AUGAAGUUUGUCGGUUCAGAAUCAUCCAUAAUGAGGUCAAUCUCAAUGCGUCCCCUUCGGCGAGCGCUGGCGCCGUCGAUAUCGAGCCAGCUCCCCCUUGCCGUUUCUCGGCUCUACUCUACGCAUCCUCCCAAUGCGAAACUCAAUAUUCCCGUCGACUACUCGACGACGUCUCUCCUUGCGCAUUCUUCUCAGACCGCUCUCAGCACAGCAGAACUGCCUGCAGAGGUUCGCAAUGGAACGACAAAGAAGAUGAACCUGUUUCAGGCCAUCAAUGACGCUCUGUCGAUCGCGCUGGCCGAAGACGACUCUGUCAUGGUCUUUGGCGAGGAUGUCGCUUUUGGCGGGGUGUUCCGAUGCACAAUGAAGCUGGCCGAGACCUAUGGCGCAGAUCGCAUCUUCAAUACACCCUUGACAGAGCAGGGCAUUAUGGGCUUCGCCAUCGGCGUGGCGGCGGAGGGCAUGCGGCCUGUGGCAGAGAUCCAGUUCGCCGACUAUAUCUACCCAGCCUUUGACCAGCUUGUCAAUGAGGCCGCCAAGUUCCGGUACAGAGAUGGUGCAUGUGGACGCAGUGUAGGCGGUCUUACGGUACGCAUGCCCUGCGGUGGUGUCGGACACGGCGCACUUUACCAUUCUCAAUCCCCCGAGAGCUUGUUUACGCACAUUCCCGGAUUGCGGGUUAUCAUGCCAAGGUCACCUCUUCAGGCCAAAGGCCUCUUGUUGUCGGCCAUUCGCAGCAAUGACCCGUGCAUCUUCAUGGAGCCCAAGAUUCUCUAUCGCGCGGCUGUCGAACAGGUCCCUACGGGAGCGUAUACCUUGCCGCUAUCCAAAGCGGAAGUUCUGAAGGAAGGCAAGGACGUGACGAUAGUAUCAUAUGGUCAGCCGUUGUACACGUGCAUGUCUGCCAUCCAAAAGGCUGAGGAAGAUUUGGGCAUCUCCGUGGAGCUCAUUGAUCUCAGAACUCUCUACCCCUGGGAUAAGGAGUGCGUAUUUGAGAGCGUCCGAAAGACGGGCCAUUGCAUUGUUGUGCAUGAGGCAAUGGUUAACGCCGGCAUUGGCGCUGAGGUUGCCGCGGCCAUCCAGGAAGACCCUGAUACCUUCCUCAGACUGGAGGCCCCCGUUGCAAGAGUUGCAGGAUGGAGCAUUCAUACACCAUUGCUGUAUGAGAAGUUCAACAUUCCAGAUGUUUCGAAAAGUACAUUUUUUGCCCGCUUCUUUCCGCGAAAGUGGAAGUCCCGCACUAACAAUAAAUGCCCCUUUCCUGGCCAAUCCUUCCUCCCCUGUACUGCCUCCAACCGCCCCGCAUUACGUUUCAACAUCGGGAACAGCUCAGCAUCGCAUCCACAUCAUCACCUACUGACGCGACACUGCGAGAUCGAAGUUUGCAGCUUUCCCUUCAAGAUGUCCCAGAUCGAGACUGUGUCCUCCUUUGUGGAGGGUGCUCCCCCAGGCGAGCUCGCAGAUGUCAUCGCAGACAUCAAAUCACUCACAGUAUCCGAUCCCGAACUUGUCUCCAGUCUCGAGCCGGCUUUCGAGAAGUACAAUGAGGAGCAGUUUAUCACGGUGAAGCUGCCAGGGGGCAGCCAGCAGGUCAUUAUUAGCUCUCACAGCUCGCUUGGCGAUGGCCAGUACUUUGACGUAGAAAGCUCUACGAGCUUCUCUUUUGAUCACAGCACACAGAAGGCCAGCAACGCAAAGAGCUACGUGUUGGAGAGCGCAAAUGCAGACUUGAUCAAGUCAACGUUGAAGAGUCUCGGCCCCUACGUGAAAGAGCAUUUCCCGAACGCCGCUUACGGUGUUUACCCGACUGAGAACGACUCGAAGGUCGCCAUUAUCAUUGUCUCGAACAAGUACUCUCCUAACAACUUCUGGAACGGCCGCUGGCGCUCCCUUUACAUCUACGACCCCUCGUCCGAUAGCCUCGGGGGCUCCGUCAAGGUUGACGUACACUACUACGAAGACGGCAACGUCCGAUUGCUUACCAGCCGUCCUACACAGACAUCUGUCUCCGGCACAGGCGCUGGCAUCGUCAAGGAAAUCUCGACGUCGGAGAAGAAGUACCAGGAGGAGCUGAACAGAGGUUUCACGAGCCUAAGCGAGGGAGCAUUUAAGGGUCUGAGACGGCAGCUGCCAGUGACGCGACAGAAGAUUGAGUGGGACAAGAUCACCUCAUACCGCCUCGGUCAAGAUAUUGGUGGGGGAAGCUCAAGGCGAUAA